CAAAUGUAAUGUCAGAUCUGACCCAAACAGCUGAUAUCGCGGACUGGACCGCUUUGUUUUGCCCAAAAUUUACCAAAACAUAAUUUCAAUAUAAUAAAAAUAAAAGAAAUUUAAGCAUUAUGCCUUUUUAGGAUCGCUUUUUUUAGGUACUGACCUGAUAUGGCUCAAACGUAUUUACAAUCAAUUUUAAGAGAGUGGGCUCCUUUAACAGAUUUAUUAGAUAAAUUACCGGCAAAAAGCGGAGGCCUAUUUUCCUAUGACGUUAAGGUAACUUGCCUGGACGUCUUGUCCGGGUUUUUAGUUUUGGGAACGAACAUUGGUAUAUUAUUCUGGUACGAUCGUAAAAGAAAAGAUUUGCAAAGGCUGAGAUGUGAGAACUCUCAUUUGCCUAUUACGUGUGUAAAAGCCGUGUCCACGGUGGACUAUAUGGUGGCUUGUGGCAAUCAGGCUGGCAAUGUUACCAUCUUCCAAAUACCAAAAUCCCACCCCGAAUCUCUGCCAGAAAAUUUAAAACCACAACCUAAACAGGUAGAGAGAUAUUCUGUAAGUGAUCUGCAUAAAUCUCCAAUAACUGCUCUUGAAUGGUCAAAAAAUGGAAUGAAACUGUUUUCUGGCGAUAAAGCUGGUAGUGUAGUAUUAACAGAGUUAGAUUUUUAUAUGCAUGUGUGUAAGUCAUUAGAAAUACUUAAUGAAUCCUACGAGGUAGUGCAGCUUAGUUACAGGCAGCAACACCUACUUAUUUCCACCACCUUUAGGAGUAUUAUAUGCCAUCACUUAGAUAAAUGGAAGGUAUGCCAAGUGGGUAAAAAAGAUAGAAAAGUACUUGGACAGUUUGGGGGAAUUAUAUAUCAACAAGGCUUCAAACCCAAUGAUGUUGUCUUAUACUGUAUGAGACCGGGAUUAAGGAUUUGGAUAGCAGAUUCUGAAGGAGAGGUCCAAAAGACUCUUUUGUUUAAAGAUUUAUUAAGCAAAAAUUGCCCCCAAGUGCCACUGCUCAAUCCCAUAUCAAAAGCUUUACAGCAGCUCAAGCCUCAGAGGGAGGCCUCAUUUGGUAUAGUGCGGCAGUUUUGUGACAAUUUACUGGUAACACAUAAUCAGGAUGUGGUUUAUGUCCUUGAUCCUUCUAAUAUGAGUAUUUUGGCAACAGUGAAUAAUUUGAGAAGGAUUUUGGACGUGGCCACUUAUAAAGAUGAGUUGUUUAUUCUGGAGGAAGAGAGAAGUAUAAUAAGAAUCUCAUAUCAUCCCGAAAUCACUGUAUUUUCAGGCGAUACUAAUAUCGCUAUAGACAAUGCCAUAUCGAAUGCGGAGGAGGCUCAAGAAUCUUUAAAACCCGAAACUAAAACGUUCGAUGAGAUCAGCAAAGAAGACUUUGACGAUGGCAUUCUGUUUAGAAAAAAAGCCCGAAGGAAAAACUACAAUAAAGAAAUUGAUAUAAAAAGCACCAACAAAUGCUCAGACAUAAUUAAUAGUGCCGACCCUAAUUUGUACACCCGGCCAACAAUAAUGAAUAUAAGCACGGUAGGAGUGUUGCCCGACUUAAGAAGUCCCGAAUCUAUAGUGAACGACAUUGAGAGCAAAGAGAAAAUGCUUUCAGACGUUUUAAACUUGGACAAGGUGAAAAUAACAUUGGACAACCCUGAUAAUGAAAGUAAGGAGGCAAAUGUUAAGGAGGAUAUUGUGGAUGUGAGACAUUAUGGUCCUAAGGGCUUAGUGAAAUCAGUAAGGAAUCGGGAGAGAAAAUUAGAGAAGCCAACGGGCAUUACUCAAGUCAUAAACCUUCCCAACGAUUGGAAAGUGAGCAAUAUCCAACUAUCAGAAGCGGAACAACAAAAACCCAAACCGAGAUUGACUUCCAAGAGCAUCCCAAUAGUGAGAAACUCGAAUGAUAGCACCUCUUCGGCCAACGAUUCAUCUUUGAGCGAUUGGGAAAUUGUUUAAAACACUCUUUUUUUUUAAUUUUAAAUAUUAGCGUUUAAUGCAUUUAUUGUACUGUUCCUUGUAAGAUAUAAGAAUAAAAUUUUAUUUCUA